GUGGGUAAGGUUUCCCCAGCUCUACAACAACACACACACGUGACGACAAUGAGUAAAUUUAACCAUUCCGUAAAAGUUCCCACCCAAUACAAGGUUACCGCCAAGAUUCUAAAGGCGGCAUUGGAAAGGAACACGUCCAUCAAGACCCUGAUAUUCGAGGAGAAGCACGCACGUACUCGCAGUUUACAUGUGGUGCUGAAACUUUAUAGCGAAAACCGGGGCGCCGUGGACAACGCCAUCGCGGAAACAAGACUACUCAAGGAUAACCCCAAUCUCGAAGGCUGCUUGGCCAAGGUUUUAGUCACCGAACUGAUCUUCGGCAGGAAGCAGUUGAACGGCGAUAGCAAACCUGUGCAAACAGUGCGAAGUUACCGGGAGAAACUGCAGCAGGCCAUCGGGGAAUCCGGUUAUCAGAAGAAAGAACCAAAUCCCCGCUAUGUGCGCAUCAACACGAACCUGUUCAGUCUGGCAGAGGCCCUGGAGUACCUGGCUGGCGAGGAUUGGCGGCGCAAGGAGCUGCCGACGGACACAAGCUACCCGGAUUUCUUGGUUGCAGUAAAAGCACUGGAGGAAGAUGAGUUCAUGACCGAUCUGCAUAUUGAGGGCUUGCUCAUCUUUCAUUCCAAGUGGGGACACUACUGGGCCGCCCAUGACUUGGUGCGCAGCAAGAAGUUGAUACUACAGAACAAGGCCACCUGUUUUGCCGCCGAGCUUCUCGCUCCGCCGACCGGAGCCACUGUGCUGGACAUGUGCGCCGCUCCUGGGAUGAAGACGUUGCACCUUUGCAACGUGAUGCAGAACAAGGGACGCAUCUACGCCGUGGAGCAGUCUAAGGAACGGUAUAGGGCGCUGUGUAAUAUCACCGAUGAGGCGGGGUGCCAGAUUGUGACUCCAAGUCUGGGCGAUGCGUUGCAAAUGAAAGCCGAGGACUGUCCAGACGUAGAGUACAUCCUGGUGGACCCAAGUUGCUCUGGAAACGGAAUGCAGAACCGCAUUUCAGUGUGCGAGGAUGAGAAGGACGACCAUCGAUUGUUUAAGCUGGCGGGAUUGCAGAUUAAGAUCCUUUCGCACGCUAUGACAGCAUUCCCAAACGUUAAGCGUAUCGCCUACUGCACUUGUUCGCUCUGGAAGGAGGAAAAUGAGCAGGUGGUCAAGCGCUGCCUACAGAUAAACCCAUCCUACAAGCUGCUAAGUUGCAAGAAGGCGUUGCGCAACAAGUGGCAGAAUGUGGGCGACAAGGAGUAUGCCAACAUUGGCAAGAACUGUCUCUACUGCCUGCCGGAUAGCGAUCUGACUGAUGGCAUUUUUCUGGCGCUCUUUGAAAAACGUAACGAUGGAGACAACGAUUAUUAUUAGUUUCAAAAUAUAAUUAAACUCUUGGAAUGUAAACUAAAUCUUUAUUUGGCACUUAUGCCAUUGAAUUUUUUCAACUUCAGUUUUGUACAUCUUUAUAAAAAAAUAAAAAAUUAUAAUAUAAUAAUAUUGUAGUUACAUAAUUGAAGAUUAAUUAUUGAGAACACCAUUAAAUAAAUAUAUAACAUUUAUAUA